GCUGCUUGAUGCCUUUGUCAUCCAGCAGUUGGCGUUGAAGGGCAUCCGUGCACAUCUUUGCUUAGUGGUCUUCUGGGUGGGCAUCGGCCUAGGCUUCAACGUCUUUAUCUUCCUUCGGCAUGGAGCUGUUGCAGGCGUAGAAUGGUGCAGUGGCUACAUACUGGAAUGGCUCCUGUCCCUGGACAACCUCUUUGUAUUUCAUUUGAUUUUCCAGCUCUACAAGACACCGUCCCAGGUGGUGCACAAGGCCCUCUUCCUCGGUAUCAUCGGCGCUGUGGUUUGCCGACUCGCCUUCUUUGCCGUCGUGAGGCAGCUUCUGGACUUUGUCAGCUGGCUUCGCAUCGCUUUCGGCUUCUUCCUGGUCUGGAGCGGUAUCCAAGCUGCGCAGGAGGAGGAGGAGAGCGAAGCUGUGGACACCACUUCAGUGCAAGCCCUCCGCUGGCUACUGGGGAAUCAGCUCUUGGACAACUAUGGAAAGGAUGCAGGCAGCCUGGUGAUGUGGAUUGACGGCAAGAUGUUCUUCACGUUGAUGCUGCCUGUGGUGUGCUGCCUGGAAAUCACCGAUGUGGUGUUUGCGCUUGACAGUGUCAGUGCCAAGGCAGCCCAGAUCCCCGACUACUGGGUCUCCGUGUCUUCCUCCAUCUUGGCGAUGUUCGCAUUGCGCGCCAUGUUCUUCGUCGUGCAAGAUUUCGUGUCGAUGUUCGAGAUGCUGAAGUAUGGCCUGUGCUGCAUUCUGGUGUUCAUUGGCAUUGAGCUCAUGAUCUCAGACUAUGUUGUGCUGCCACCACAGGCAGUAUGCGUAGUCAUCCUUUCCGUCUUCAUCAUCUCAAUCGUCGGCUCGGCCGCGCUCCACAGCCAUGGAGAAGCGGGGGAGCUCCUGCAAUCUCCAAUGGACCGAGACUUUGCGUUUCCAAGCUUGGGCUGUUGGAUUGUGAAUGCGGGCGUUUCCGUUUCCAUCUCAACCGUUGUGCCAACUGCCUACGAUGAGGAGGACGAAUCUUCACUUUGCUUGGAUUUUGGAACUUCGAGCGAGGUGCAAGAGAAGAGGGGGCGCUUGCCUGAUGCCUCUGGCUGGUCGGACACGAUGGUGCCCCUGCCAUGGUUGCAUGCAGUUGAUGAGAGCGAGAUGGUGUCGGAGGUGAUUGUCAAGGAAAUAGCCAUCCUGACAAAUGCAGGAGAACGCGCUGGGAGAACCUGUGAGUCGAGCAAAGUCUUAACACAGGUAGUUGUGCCGGCGUCUUCCAAUCCCGUCGGCGUCUUCCAAUCCCAUAGAUAUGAUGACAUGAGGCAAGGCAGUCCCCUUGUGUUUGGCCGGUUAUGGCUGCUGGCUGUCUACCAGGCCCAGGACGCGGUGCCAGCCGUCGUCUCCGACGUUUUCAGUUUGCUUUGCCCAACCUACGCUGUCAAAUGGAAGGAGCAGCAGGGCCUUGGCACAGAUGGCACCUCGAAUUGGUCGGCUCGCUGGCCUGUGAUGCGGGACAUCCUGCAGCAGGGACGGUUUGACGUCCUCUGCCUGCAAGAAGUAGAAGUCACCGAGUUGGAGUCGAUUGUCGCGGACUUGGGAAGUGAAUAUCAGGCGAACUACUUCAAGCAUGCGCGGAGACCGCCGGAUGGUUUGCUGAUUGCUGUGAAAAGAAGCACCUUCAAAGAGGCUCAGUGGAAGGUGGGCGAGUAUCAAGGCUUCGCAGUUGGAGGAGUGGACCUGGAGCACCCUUGUGGGGCGAAGGUUCGCGUGGUCAAUGGCCACAUGAAAGGCGGCCGUCCUGCGCAACUCCAAGCCUUCGCUGACUUCGCCUCUGCGGAGAGUUCUGCAGAUGUGGAGAUCCUGACCGCAGAUUUCAACGAAGACUUUGCGGAACAGGGACGAAGUGAAGGCAUCAUUAGAUGUCCGUUUGCGCAAGAUGAUCGGCGGCAUUACUUCACGCUCUCGCGCGCCCUUGACUUGCCUCAAGUCUCACGCCCCCCGAACAAGCAGGAGGAGGGCCAGUCGUCGGGCAAAGGAAAAAUCGACUACAUCUGGGUGCGAGAGCGGACAAAGGAGUUCCAGGCAGCCCUCGUGUCUGAUCCGCUGUCAAGAAGGGCGAUUAUCGAUAGCCAUCGCAGCUGCGACGUUACUGGAGAUUGGCCAAGUGAUCACGGAUGUGAGGCCUUCAGCGUUCAACUCCGGCCCAGGCUCUAG